CAGUUGCACCAGUAUAUUAAACGACUGCAGAUGUUGGAAUCCAUUUUGCCUGUGUGGCCGCCCUCCCAAGAGAUGCUGUUCGCGUCCAAAAAAUUCAACGUAAUCAAAACCUUGGACGAGAUUGCAAGAAAUACCACCAACUCCCCCCGGCCCCAAACCGAAAUACUUUCCCGCACCAAUCGCUCACAGUCAUUCGAAGGCUUUGUUCUCAAGCGGGAAGGCAGUGAUUGCACACGGCACAUUUUCCUUCCAGGUACGAUCGACUCAUUCAACCUACCGAGGGACAAGGGAGGUUUUCGCUGGUUAAAACAGUCAUACGUACCAGCCCUGAGACAUGUAGGGGAGUUCCGGGUGAUUGUUCUGGAUUGCCGGCCUUUAUGGGUGAUACACACCAGCCCAGGGAAUCAUGAGAAUCAGAUUGUCUUCUUUCCCUUUCUGACCCAAAUGCACAUUUUUGAUUUUGACAGCUCACGUCUGCAAAAGCCUUAUGGGUUUGAUGACAUCAUGGAUCCUGUGGGGGGUACGGUGGAAGAACGUCACCUGGCAGACGCGGAAUUGGAAUCAUUCGUCGUUGCCACCUUGAGUAACCUUAUAGCCAUCGAGGAGGGUCUACUGCAGGGGACUAGUUCUUUGAGGUUGAUGGCCCGAGUAGAUCUUGGUGUUCUCCGUGGUUCAGAUGGACGGUUAGGUUAUUUUGUCAACGAGGUGGAACGGGGAAUUAUGAUUACUUUAUUCAGUCAAGGGAAUCCCAGGUGGGCUUUGCGGUUGGCAGAUGAAUUCUCAGGCCUGUUCUCUCAAUGGAUUGACGAUACUUCCCGGGAUAUGCAGCGAACC